CGUCUCGCACAGGAGAGUCGUCGAGGGAAGAGACAGAACUACUGACGAAUCCUUAAUAAUAAACAAUUAGCCAUGGGAGUACCGGCAUUCUUCCGAUGGCUCUCCAGAAAAUAUCCAUCGGUGAUCAUAGAAUGCGUGGAAGAAAGGCAAUACAACACAGACGAUGGACAGACAGUUCCACAGGACACAUCAAAACCAAAUCCCAAUGGCAUCGAGUUUGACAACUUGUACUUGGACAUGAAUGGUAUUAUUCAUCCUUGUACACAUCCAGAAGAUAAACCAGCUCCAAAAAAUGAGGACGAAAUGAUGGUUGCCAUUUUUGAGUGCAUAGACCGCCUGUUUACAAUUGUACGUCCUCGCAAAGUGCUCUACAUGGCCAUUGAUGGUGUGGCCCCCAGAGCCAAAAUGAACCAGCAGAGGUCAAGGCGUUUCCGUGCCUCCAAGGAAGCUGAGGAGAAGGCAGCAAAGGUGAAGAGCCUGAGACAGGAGCUCUUGUCAAAGGGCUUCAAACUCCCCCCAGAGAAGCCCAAGGAAUCCCACUUCGACUCCAAUUGCAUCACUCCUGGAACCCCAUUCAUGGAGAGGCUUUCAAAAUGCCUUCACUAUUACAUUCAUGACCGGUUAAAUAACGACCCAGGCUGGAGGAAGAUUAAGGUAAUACUCUCAGAUGCAAAUGUGCCAGGUGAGGGAGAACAUAAGAUCAUGGACUUCAUCCGGCGUCAGCGAGCACAGCCAGACCACGACCCCAACACCCAACAUGUCCUUUGUGGGGCUGAUGCCGAUCUCAUUAUGUUGGGACUGGCAACACAUGAGGCCAACUUCACCAUCAUCCGAGAGGAGUUCAAGCCCAACAAACCCAAGCCAUGUGAUCUCUGUGGACAGCUUGGUCACGAGAUGAGUGAGUGUGUGGGGAUUCCCGAUGGCAUGGAAGAAGCAUCAGAGAAGGUAUUUGAGGAAGUCAAGUUUAUCUUCGUCCGGCUCAACGUGCUGAGGGAAUACCUAGAAAGAGAGCUUGCCAUGCCCUCCCUACCCUUUGAGUAUAACUUUGAUCGUGCCAUAGACGACUGGGUCUUCAUGUGCUUCUUCGUGGGAAAUGAUUUCCUUCCUCAUCUGCCCUCACUAGAAAUCAGAGAAAAUGCAAUUGACCGUCUAGUUCGUCUCUACAAAGACUGUUGUUACAAAACUGGAGGCUGGUUAACAGACAGCGGAACAGCUGACAUGUCACGUGUGCAGAUGAUCAUGCAGAACCUUGGUAAAGUGGAGGAUGAGAUCUUCAGAGACAGGCAGAGGAGGGAACUGGACUUCAAGGCCAGAAACAAGAUGAAGAGGAGACAGGAGAAAAUUGAAAAGGAAGCUGCAAAUAUGUUCAGAGAUGUGACGGGACAGGGAGGUUUGGGUGUCAUGAGAGCAGGAGAUGUGUCCGUCGCUUCAGGAGCUAGGGGAAUGAUCAUGCAGCAACGACUUACAAACAUGGAUGCCAAGGGACAGGGGCGUGGACAGAAGAGAUCCAAUGACCAAAUGGACAGUGACAGUGAGGAGGAGACCCCAGAUGAAGUGCGCUUGUAUGAAGAGGGUGCAAAGGAUCGGUACUAUGAAUCAAAAUUCGAAGUCUGCUCUGAUAAUCAUGCAUUCAGGAAAAAGGUUGCCAAUGAAUAUGCACGUGGGCUCUGCUGGGUGUUAAAAUACUACUACCAAGGAUGUGUAUCAUGGGAUUGGUACUUCCCCUUCCACUAUGCACCAUUUGCUUCCGACUUUUCCAACUGUGCAACUGCCAAUGUUUCCUUCGAUCUUGGAGAACCCUUUAAUCCACUGGAGCAGUUGAUGGGUGUGUUCCCAGCUGCAAGUCGUGCUCAUGUGCCUGAGCCAUGGGGAAAGCUUAUGUACGAUCCAGAGUCUGUAAUCAUUGACUUCUACCCAGAAGACUUCAAGAUUGACCUGAAUGGAAAGAAGUUUGCUUGGCAGGGGGUGGCCCUACUCCCAUUUGUGGACGAGACAAGAUUAAAGAAUGCCCUGAAGUCAGUGUAUCAUAAAUUGACUCCAGAAGAAAAGUUGCGCAACAAAAGAGGUGAUAGUUUCCUCUAUGUCAGUGUGCAACACCAAUCUUACAAACAGCUGACUGACUUGUAUCGUAUGGGGAUGAGCUUUGACACUGAGGUUCCAAUUGCUGGAGAAGACUUCCAAGGCAUGCAGGGGACUGUGCUAAUGGCCACCAAUGUAGUCAAACCAACUGGAGCUCUUCCAUCUCCAGUUAUAGGCUUGGAGGAACUUACAAACAACCAUGUUGUGACGGUAAGGUACAGGGAUCCAAAAUACUCAGAUGACUUCGUCUUCCCAGCCAGGAGAUUGGAAGGAGCUAAAGAACCACCCCGUGUUUUGAAGCCUGAAGAUUAUCAAGGAGGCAACAGAAAUUACCGCCCGGUGAUCGGAUUCAAUCAAAACAUGCCCCGCGCUUCACUCGGCAUGUCUGGCCACAGGACUCUAGGCCACCACCUGCCGAAUCUCCAGGGUGGAGGGCUGCUCAGCAACAACGUGCUGCUCCUGCAGGGUGGCCAAGGAGGGCAGGGGCUUCUGGGAGCUUGUCCAACGCAAGAAGGACUCCUCGGGGCAGCACCCGGCCAAGGCAGUUUCCUCGGGUCAGGUCUAGGAGGUCAGGGGACCAUGCUUGGUUCAGGAAUAGGUCAGAACAGCCUGCUAGGGAAAAGGCCAGGAGGACAAGGGGACCUUCCUAGAAUAGAAGGGGGAGGAGGAGGUGGAAGGCCCUUCAGUUCCCCAAGAACAGGGCCAGAAGAUAGUUCAGAAAGAAGCGGGCCUGGUCGAGGGGCCUUGCUUGGGUCAGGGCCUCGCAGGCAGGGGCUUUUGGGAGAUGGGCCCAGUCAGCAGAAUAUGCCCAACACCAUGUGUGGGGAAGGGUACCAUCAAGAGAAGGGACUCUUGGGGUCUGCUCCCCACCAGGAGGAAGUGAAUGGAAGGGGACACCACGUAGGCCUUCUAGGGUCAGGGCCAUGGGAAGGGAAAAGUGAACACUGGCCUCAGAGACCACAUGGAGCGCAGUACCAAAAUGACAGUAUCGAUGCAAGAGGAUUUCCACAGAGAAGUCUCGGAUCAGGACCAUGGCAGAGAAGUCCUAGCGUCGAAAAGGAAAGCGGCGAAGGCAUGGGGUCCAGCCAGGACUCUUGUUUUGGAACAGAGAGGAAACAAGGUGGAGGACUUCUCGGCCUCUCCCCUGUCAUGAGUCACCACAUGAACCAGAGAGGAGGAGGAGGUGGAGGGGGCCAGUACAGCAACGUCCCGCCGCCCAUGGGAAGAGGUGGAAAUGGGAAGAGGAGUCUCCUAGGGGCCCCUCCCCAGUCGUCGGGCCAGAGCCUGCUAGGGGCGCCGCCCAAUCAGUAUUCCAGCUAUCAGGGUAAUCAAAACAGGAACCAAUAUGGUGGAGGCCAGGGUGGUUAUGGAGGAUACAACAGCAAUAGAAACUAUGGAGGCUACAAUAGCAAUCAGAGGCAAAACUACAACUCAGGAGGAAACAACAACAACCAGGGUUACUUCACGAGUGGCGGCGGGAACUACAACUCCCGAGGAGGAGGAGGAGGAGGAGGAGGUGGCGGCUACAACUCAGGAGGCAACAGAAGUGGGGGAGGAGGAGGUGGGGGCUACGGUGGCAACUACCACAGGGGCCGCGGAAGGGGAGGCUAUUACAGAGGGAACGGUAACAACUACUGAUGCCAGGGUGGGAGGUUAGUUAAAGGGGGGUAAGGACGGCCUCGGAGGAAAAGCAGAACACUUUUUCUUCUUCCUCGAUUUGUACUAUACUCUUUUAUGCGAGAGGUUUGGUUGACACUGGUCUUACGGUACUUGAUCGUAGACUGAAUUAAAAAAAAAAGAAACGUAAUAAGUACUAAGGCGAAUAUAUAUAUAUUAUAUAUAUAUUUUUAUUGAUGUUUAGAUAAAAAAGAAGAAACGCUACUUCUAUUGCAAUGCAUAUGAGAGCAUUUUGAUAGAGUCUAGGUACAUUUUCUCGAAUGUAAUGUUUUAUGCUGAGAGGUUAUAUUGCGUGCAAAAGAGUAUAUUUCAUCACCCUGUAGCAGUUCAUAAUACAGUUGAAGUUUUUCUGGUUUUCUGCUACUCUUGUUGUAUUUGAUUUGUCUUAUUUAUUUAUUUUUGUAACCGUUUGUAUUGGACACUGAACAUGUACAUAUAACCUCUUAAGAGAAUUGUUUGUAUUAGUAUACCAUGAUGAAUCCAUCAUUUCAUUAUAAUCUUUGUCUAUUUGUCAUUUGUAAAAAUAGAACUAUAACUUGGUUAGCACAAUAUUUUGUAAAUUAUACUUAAAUAUUAUUGUCUGAAAAAAAAAAAUAAAUAGUACUACAGGUA